AUGAUUCUUAGUCUAGAAGAUUCUGAGAUUCUUGAAAAUUUAGCAUCACUAUACUAUGAUAUAGCCAAUCUAACAGAUUCUGGUCUCAAUAAUCUCUUAGAAAAAGCAAAUUAUGCCUUAAAAUAUAUCACUCCAAGGCGUCUUACUCAUGCUAUCGAAGAGAUUCUCCUUAAUCACAAAAAGUUACUCAUAUUCAUUAAGUUAAUCCCAUUAUUAAUGGAAAAAUCCGCUUUUCAAUUAAAUCCUCUGCGAUGCAAUGCAAAAACAAUUGCAUAUCUCGUUAAAACAAAAGUCAUUCAGACAGAUUGCCCAUUUGCAUACGCAAAAUAUGAUUUAAAUGACCUUGCAAGAGGAGUCCGUUUAGAAGGUCUUGAUGCCAUCUUCUACAAUGACGACAUUGAUGCAUUCCGCAAACUCUCACUUGUUUUCCAAGAAAAACCACUCGAAAUUACCGACGAAAAAACAAUGAUCGAUUUAGCAGCGGAAGCAGGCGCUGUCAAGUGCUUUAAGUUCCUUAUUAACAACAAGUUCCCACGUGACAAGUGGAUUGGCAAGAAAGUGGCCAUGACUAACAAGUUAGAAAUUUUAGAAAUUUUUGAUAGAGUGUUUAAGUUCGAUGACGAACAAAUGAAAUACGCCUUACAAGUUAACAACGACGUAUGCGUCAAAUACAUGAAAGAACGUUGCAAUAUUAAUUAUUCCUAUUUUCAUGCUUUUUAUUUUAACAAUUUCCACAUAAUGAAAGAGAUAUUAAUGAAUGCUUCAGGACCAGAAGAAAAGGAUGCCAGCGGUUUCUCAGUGUUCCGUGGCUGUAUUUGCUCAGAUUUCGCUCAUUUCUUCGGAGUUCUCAGUUUACGAGGCGUAAAGGUCCAAGCAAGCGCCGAAAUCCUCGAAGACCUUGUUUCCUACGAUGCCUAUCAAAUAUUAAACAGCAUGAUCACUAAAAAACCUCAGUUAGCGAAUGCGAAAUUACAACAAUCACAAACUCUCUUACAUUUAGCCUGCCAAAGGGGUAGCUACGAAGUUGCCAAGAUGCUUAUAUCCCGUGGAUGCAGCAUAGAUGCUAUAACUACUUCAGGAGACACAGCUUUGCAUUUAUGCAUUGCAAAUAGAACGGAAUCUUCGAGCGAUAUAGCGAGUUUAUUGAUAGAAAAGGGUAUCAGAUGCGAUAUCAAGAACAAAUAUGGAAUGACAGCCUUCCAAUUAUUAAUUGAUCUUGGAUCUCCCCGAGUUGAGUUAUACAAAUGCUUCCUUAAUAAAGGUCUCAACAUAAAUCUCCAAGAUGGACGAGGAAUGACCCAUUUAAUGUCAGCAUCUGAGAAAGGAUAUUUAACUGUUGUUGAAUACUUAAUAAAACGCGGUGCAGACAUAGAACUGCAUGAUGCUAACGACGGAUCAACAGCUCUCCAUUACGCAGCCCACAACGAUCACGUAGAUGUUAUUGAAUUACUUCUAAAGAACAAAGCGAACAUAGAGACACAAACGUACUACAAGAAUACACCGUUCUUCGAAGCCGUAGAGUUCGAAGCCUGCAACGCUAUCAGAUGUCUUAAAAAACACGGUGCAAAAAUGUACGGACUCAACGCUGAUGGAGUAACAGCAUUGAUGGUCGCUACUAGAUAUGCUUGUUGCAAUUCCAUUGAAGUUCUCCAUGAAAUCGGUUAUGAUUUCAAUACAAAAGCUAAAAACAACAUGACAGCUCUCGAACUAGCUAUAGAAAGAGGAAAUUCCAAUGUUGUUAGACAGCUUGUUAAGUAUGGAUCGAAAAUAGACAUUGUAAGCCAAAGAGGAUUUCCUCUUCUCCAUUACGCGAUCGAAUUAAACUUUUUCGAUGCAUUGCAAAGUUUCGUUGAAGAAGGGAGAUGCAACAUCGAUAUUAAAGAUCCGGAUAAUGGUGAUACAGCACUUCAUUUCUGUCUCAGAAAGAAGAACAACGUAAUGUUCGAAUACCUCUUGAAGAAAGGAGCAAAUCCGAGCAUUAAAAAUGAUAAAGGUAUUUCUGUUUUGAUGAAAUGCGUCCAAGAAAACAAUUCUUCGGCUUUGGACAUAAUCUGUAAAUACAAAUUCGAUCCAAAUGAAACAGAUAAACAGGGUAAAACACCUUUGUUCUAUUUCGUCAAAAAUAAAAACGCAAAAUACUGUGAAUUGUUCUGCAAACGUGGCGCUGAGCCAACAAUUGUUGAUAAAGCAGGAGGAACGGCUAUUCACGAGGCAAUUAAAUCAAACGCUUCGGAGUGUUUGAAGAUAUUGGAUAAAUACAAGAACCAAAAGGUAGAAACAAAUAAUAAUACUAAUAAUAAUGAACCAAAAAUUUCUGUAACUCCAAUUGAUGAUCAACAGAAAGUUUGUCUCAAUCCAAUUGAAGAAAAACCGAAAAUUUGCUUGAAUCCUAUUGAAGAAAAACCAAAAGCUACAGCUCCUCCUGCUGAGGAAAAACCUAAGAAUAAUGAGCAGGUUUCUUUCAACCCUAAUUUGUACAUCGAACCUAUUUCUGAUGGAGAUGACGAACCUCCAAAACCAAAGAAUAACACUGCUGAAAAAGUGAAGUCAAACAAACCAAAAACUGUGGAGAAAAACGAAGCUGCUAAGAAGCAGAAAGAGGAGACAAAGAGCAAACCUAAAAAGAAACUAUAUACAUAUGGACAACGUUACUACCUAAAAGACAAGAAACUUCGUGAUCCAAAUCACAUGAAAAAUUAA